CUCCACUCCACUUAGACCUUACCGGCGCUGAGGCUCUUUUCGUUCUUCUCCGCACCUUCAAUCCUCAAUCUCCAAUUGUCUGCACGUCACCGACUGCAUCGGUUAAUGAUAAACUUCAACAGCUUUUGUCGAUAACCUUCAAUCUGCGCCAAGGUCUCGUCAACGCCCUGUGAGCAGACAUCUUUGGGUCUUUGGUCGCCACGCGAUAUGGCUGUAUGACUGUCGCUACAUCGGUGAUACUCCGCGCACUCUUUUGUCUGUUGCGCAGUCCCGAACAUGUUUCGUGAUCCCCGAAUAACGUCGUUGUUGAAUGUAUAUAAUUGACCCCGGACACAAUGGCCACUCAGACAGAGACCAUUACUCCUUCCUCCUCUAGGCCUGUACCUGGCUUGCGACGGCGAUCCUCAUCUCACUCGCAAAGGAAACCAUGGCAGCACACAGGCCGGCCGUCCUUCCACUCAAGUCACUCUCGACCCGACCCCGAAGAACUUCAACGCCUGUCUGAGAAUGUGACACGCCAAACGACAAGAUCAUCCCACCGCCGCUCGUCCAAGUGGUAUAAGAUUCGUUGGUUCAGGGGCAUGAUCGACGACGUGAAGAGACGGGCACCGUUCUAUUGGAGUGAUUGGAAAGAUGCUUGGGAUUAUAGAGUCGUUCCUGCUACAGUCUACAUGUACUUUGCAAAUAUUCUGCCGGCUCUUGCCUUCUCCCUCGAUAUGUUCACCAAAACACACAACUCAUACGGUGUUAACGAAGUUCUUCUAUCUUCAGUACUGGGCUGUGUGGUCUUCUCACUGUUCGCAUGUCAACCACUAGUCAUUGUCGGAGUGACGGGUCCAAUAACGGUCUUCUCCUACACCGUGUACGACAUCGUGGUUCCCAGCGGCACGAACUACUUCGCCUUCAUGGCUUGGAUCGGCAUAUGGUCGCUCAUCAUGCAUUGGAUCCUCGCAAUCACGAACAGCUGUAAAGCCUUGACCUAUGUCACGCGAUUCAGUUGUGACACCUUCGGAUUCUAUGUUGCAUUCAUCUACCUCCAGAAGGGAAUCCAGGUCUUGACCAGACAAUGGGGGCUUGCUGGCGCGGCAAGUGCAUAUCUCUCCAUCAUGGUCAGUCUGUUGGUAUUGGCCGUGGCUUACAUGUGCGGUUUGCUUGGUAACAGCAAGCUCCUGCACCGCAUACCGAGAAAAUUCAUCGAAGAUUAUGGCACUCCGCUCACCAUCAUUUUCUUCACCGGAUUUGUCCACAUAGGCCACAUGCAAAACGUCAGUUUGGAAACACUACCUACGAGUAAAUCCUUCUUUCCGACCGCUAAUCGUGGCUGGUUCGUACACUUUUGGGAUAUCAGUGUUGGGGAGGUCUUUCUGGCUAUUCCAUUUGCGAUGUUGCUAACCAUCCUAUUCUGGUUUGAUCAUAAUGUCUCAUCUCUUAUCGCUCAGGGGUCGGAGUUUCCCCUGCGAAAACCACCUGGCUUCCAUUGGGAUAUCUUCCUCCUAGGUCUAACGACCGGGGUCGCUGGCUUAUUGGGCAUCCCGUUCCCAAACGGCCUAAUUCCGCAAGCACCUUUUCACACUGCUGCACUUUGCGCCACGAGGCAAGUGGUAGACGAGAAAGCACAAGGUCACGUCGUUCGAGUAACAGAUCAUGUCGUCGAGCAGCGGGUCAGCAACCUCGCCCAAGGUCUUUUGUUUCUCUUCACCAUGUCUGGACCUUUGCUCAUUGUCCUACACCUCAUUCCUCAGGGUGUACUUGCAGGAUUGUUCUUUGUCAUGGGCGUUCAAGCGCUUGAAGGCAACGGAAUUACUCAAAAGUUGUUCUUCCUGGCCAGAGACAAGGAAUUGACUGAUGCGAGCGAUCCCCUGGCGCGCAUCGAGCGGAGAUCAGCCAUCUGGGCGUUUGUGGCCAUCGCACUUCUUGGCUUUGGUGCGACCUUCGCCAUAUCCCAGACCAUUGCCGCGAUCGGAUUUCCGAUCGUUCUUCUCCUACUCAUCAUCGUCCGCACAUGGCUCAUGCCAAAAUGGUUUCGAGAAGAAGAACUCCGAGCGCUUGACGCGCCGACAGCGGGACCGUUCGUCAUGGAAAGCGUGGGCGGUGCGUAUGGUGUGAGCGAGUCCAGCACACCACCGCUGAACGAGAGUGACGAGAAUGCCGUGGUGGAUGAUACUCUGGAGCGGGGCGAGAGUUAUGAGUUGGGGACGGCGGUGACCAGCGGAAAGGAUGUAGAUGAUGGUGGAGGUUCGUCAGCACGGCGACCGAGCCACAGCGACUUACAGAGGCCGCAGAUCGGGAUGAGAAAGAGGAGUCGAAGUUCGUUGAACAGACCGGGUGCCUAGAUACAGAUGUAGAGCGAGACUGAUAUGCGGGCCAGAUGAUACAGAAGACAAAGACAAUAUGUCAUCAGAGGCGAGGUUGUCAGAGAACGACCUAGGAAUACAGGAUACAGACUCAUCAAUCCAGAUUAAGAGGAAUACACAGUCAUGUACAGUUCAGGACGCAAUAUGGAAAAGACUAUUCGACGAGAACCGUGCUAUAGCAGAC